AGCCAUGUCUUCGAACAGGACCACAGAAGCCACCGCCACAGAUGCCAACAGCUCCACGCCAGCUACCGCCAACACCAAUAACGCCUCUACGGCCAAUAGCUCCUCCACCAACAACACCAACAACACCACAACCACAACCAACAACAACAACACCAACAACAAUGGCACCACACAAAACCAGAACUCCAGCAACAACAUGAGCAGUCCCACAGCGACAGGCAAGCCCCAUGGCGGCCACACGGCCGUCAAUACCAAGGAGCGCGUAGUGGACUCCGUACCGUUCCCGCCCAGCCACAAGCUGACGCUCGCCGAGGUCUUUGACUCGCGAACCGGUAAGCCCAACCACGAGCUGCUCAAGCAACACUUCAUUCUGGAGGGCAGGAUCGAGGAGGCGCCCGCCCUGAAGAUAAUCCAAGAGGGUGCCGCAUUGCUGCGCCAGGAGAAGACCAUGAUCGACAUUGAGGCGCCGGUGACGGUGUGCGGGGACAUACACGGGCAGUUCUAUGACCUGAUGAAGCUGUUCGAGGUGGGAGGCUCGCCGGCCACCACCAAGUAUCUCUUCCUCGGCGACUAUGUGGACCGGGGAUACUUCAGCAUCGAGUGCGUGCUGUAUCUGUGGUCGCUGAAGAUCAGCUAUCCGCAGACGCUGUUCCUGCUGCGCGGCAACCACGAGUGCCGGCACCUGACCGAGUACUUCACCUUCAAGCAGGAGUGCAAGAUCAAGUACUCGGAGCGCGUCUAUGACGCGUGCAUGGACGCGUUCGACUGCCUGCCGCUGGCGGCGCUGAUGAACCAGCAGUUCCUCUGCGUGCACGGCGGCCUCUCGCCGGAGAUCCACGAGCUGGAGGAUAUCAGGCGGCUGGAUAGGUUCAAGGAGCCGCCGGCCUUCGGGCCCAUGUGCGACCUGCUGUGGUCCGAUCCGCUGGAGGACUUUGGCAACGAGAAGAACUCGGACUUCUACACGCACAACUCGGUGCGCGGGUGCUCGUACUUCUACAGCUACGCCGCCUGCUGCGACUUCCUGCAGAACAACAACCUGCUGUCGAUCAUCCGGGCGCACGAGGCGCAGGACGCCGGCUACCGCAUGUACCGGAAGAGCCAGACCACCGGCUUCCCCUCGCUGAUCACCAUCUUCUCGGCGCCCAACUAUCUCGACGUGUACAACAACAAGGCGGCGGUGCUCAAGUACGAGAACAACGUGAUGAACAUCCGGCAGUUCAACUGCUCGCCCCACCCCUACUGGCUGCCCAACUUCAUGGACGUGUUCACCUGGUCGCUGCCGUUCGUCGGCGAGAAGGUCACCGAGAUGCUGGUCAACGUCCUGAACAUCUGCUCCGACGACGAGCUCAUGACCGAGGAGAGCGAGGAGCCGCUGUCCGACGACGAGGCGGCGCUGCGCAAGGAGGUCAUCCGGAACAAGAUCCGGGCCAUCGGCAAGAUGGCGCGCGUCUUCUCCGUGCUCCGCGAGGAGUCCGAGUCGGUCCUGCAGCUGAAGGGCCUGACGCCGACGGGCGCCCUGCCCCUCGGCGCCCUCUCCGGCGGCAAGCAGUCAUUGAAGAACGCGAUGCAGGGCUUCUCGCCCAACCACAAGAUCACCUCCUUUGCGGAGGCCAAGGGCCUGGAUGCGGUCAACGAGCGGAUGCCCCCGCGUCGGGAUCAGCCGCCCACACCCAGCGAGGAUCACCACAGCCAGCAGUCGGCCAGCGGCAACAAUGGAGCGGGCCAUGGGUAAGCUGGGACUCCCUCGAUGCCAGCUAGCGAUUGGAGGAGAAACUGCAAUUGGCCCCGAAACUGGAAGGAGCAGCGGAGUGGAGUGGAGUGGAGGCGACACAAAGAACACCAACCCGUGGGGGGGGACAGGGGGGGUAAUGAAUACCUUAAUUAAGCUUAAAGUGGCAGAGCAACAACUUAAUCCAAUACUAAAACCGAUUCUAUUUCUAAGUAAACUGCAGGCAAGUCUGCUCCAGCUCCCAAGCGUCCGGGACGCAGCCUACCAGCUUCCUACCAGGAUACCCGUAGUCUGGAUGCCCGGAUUUUCGGAUAUCCGGAUUCCCAAGCACUAGUUACAAAAAAAGAGAAGAUAAAUUUGUUUAAAAAAAGAAAAAAGGAAGGCGCGCGCACAUUGGAUAUUAGGAUUAUGUGUGUGGCAUACUUUUUGGCGCGCCGGCCCCCGCAGGAGAAAGCGAAGAGAUAGAUGAAGAAGAAAAGAAAAGAAAUUAAUUCCCUUCUCUCGAGAUGAAGAAGAUCCAGAUAAACCCCAUAACCUAGGCUAAGAUCUAAUGUAUAAACCGAAAAAACCGAAAACCGAAAAAAAACUGGGCUAAAGAAUGAAGAAUUGAAAAAAAAAAUGAACAAAAAAUGGAAAAUCCCAAAAAAAAACAAAGUAAUAAUAUUGAAAGAAUAACUAACUAAAACCGAAAUAGUGGAGCUAAUUUGUUGAAAACAAUUGUUAGCGGCGCCAUUAGGAAGCAUAUUAUACAUAUGAUCUAGAGAUAUCCUUGGAGAUCCUUGCUAUAAAAAAAAAUGAAAGAAAAAACAUACAAAGUUUGAAACAAUUUGCAAUAUGUGCCGCAAUAGUCCGUAAAUGUUCCUUAUACGAAUUAAAUAUUGAAACAAGAGAGUUUAUUAUUAUUUUUUUUUUUAUUAAAUAUAUAUAUAUAUAUAUGUAUAA